UCUGGCUAAGAUGGCGGAUGACUUAGAGGAGCUACUGGAUGAGGUGGAGAAGAAGUUUUGUCGCUUGUCGAGGCAGGAUCGCUCUGACGGGAUCCGAAAUCGGGGAAAGACAGAGAACGGCACCAGCGACGAGGAAGAGGAGGCUGAAGCGGCCUCGGCGGGAGAAAAGGCCAGAGUCUCCAAAAUAUUACCAAAAUGUGGUAGUGAUGAAGAGGACUUGGAUGAAAUAAUUAAAGAUAUAAUCAAUGAUAAUAGCUUUGCCAAAAAUCCUGCGAAAUAUAUAUCUAAAUCUUCCAGCCUCCCAGCCGAAACUAAUAUUACCUCUAUUCACGUUCGUGGUAAGAAAUGUUGCCCAGUAUACCUUGGAGGAAGCACUGCACUGUGUGGUAUUGGAACCUAUAUUUCACAGAGAACUUGUGAUCGAUUACGUUGUACAGCAUGUGAUUUCCGUGUUUCACACCAUGAUGACUAUCAGUGGGAUAAAUCGUGUGAUUAUCUCUUUUUCAGGAAUAACAUGCCUGAAUUCAGCAAGCUGAGAACAAAGAUGGUAAAGAAAAAAGGAACACGGGCCUAUGCUUGCCAGUGCAGCUGGAGAUCUAUAGAUGAAUUAACAGACCUGAGCAUGGACCGACUGCUCCACUGGGUUUGUAGCAAACAUGCCGAAUGACAUCGUGCGGCCAGUUCAAAUGGCCAUUUCUGUAUGAAUACCAGCUUCAGCAUCCAUGUAUGAUAAAUCAGACCCAAGUUGUGUGUACAGACUGUAUCUUGUUCCAAAUAUAACCUAAGUAUGUUAUGUGGUCUGCAAUCCCCUUAUAAACUAACCAGACGGAGGGAGAUAGUCAGCCAGAGACUUGGCAGCCUGCUCCCUAGAGACCUGGACUGGCAUGAAUGUUUAUGGUGUUGUUAGGAAUCAACGGGCUUAUCAGCUCUCUCUGCUAAUAUCAGUGAAAGGGAAAAUGAAGGUCUGUGACCUAGAAUGCAUUUCAGAAAUGGAGGAUACACACAGCGAAAUCCGACCAAGCUGUUCCUUUGUCUAGAACACUCUUUCCCCUCCCUCACAAUGAGCUACUGCUGUGUGCCUGAAACACAAAAUGCUUAGGCAUUUGGUAUAUUCAAAAGAAGGCUGACAACAGAAGAAUACAGCCUUACAUCUGGCUUUCUUCUGAAGAUGAUAUGAGUCCACUAUGAAAGAAGCAACCUUUAGUACUAGUAUUAGCAGCAGUGAAAUUCUAUGGGAUCCUGAAGCUUGCAGUCUGAGCAAGAGCAACCAUCAGUAUUACUCCAGUCUUGCAAAGAAAAAGAACAGAUCCAAGUUUGUAUAUAUUUUGUUUGUAAUUCACAUCCUUAAGCUACAAUCAUAUGUUUGUGAAUCUAGGGGUAAACUUGCAUUUACUCAGUGGUAUUUACUUCUGAGUAAAUAUAUGCAAGGGAUUGGGCUGCACACAGUUUAGUGCUCCUACCCAUCUUUUCCUUUAAGAAGAUUUUCUUGUAGAAAGCACAGAGAUUUAAAUCAUCCUCUCUUUUUUUUGGAAUCAAGACUAUUUAUUUGUAAAAGAUGAGAAGUGGGCAUAUUAUUGGAAGGGUAGCAGAGAGACUGUACCUUAUCCGCCACUGCUCAGCUUUAAGCUAACCAGAACAUUAUCCAAUAACUGUAUCAAUUGGCUCAAUAUAAGAAAAUGUACACCCUAUAAUUUCUCAGUAUUUUGUUUUUUGGUAGUACUGCAGUUUUAAAAGUGUUGUAGCUUUGUUUGAACAAGUAUAGCAGGCGAGCAGCAAACAGGACUGGGUCUUGUGGAUCUGUUCUGCUAAAGGCAGCACUUGCUUUCAGUGCAAGGAGCCUUCUGUUGACUUGUGGCUCUUCCAUCAGCAGAAGGCCCCUUGGAGGAAAGUUCCACCAUCAGUGAAACAGUCUGGCUGAAUCAACAGCAGCAGACUAGGAACAAUUGACAAUGACUAUAUCAUGAUCUUGAACACAUUACCUGCAAGCUCCAUUGAUUUCAUUUAAUUUUUAUGUCAUCUGUUUAGCAACAGAGUGUAAAUAGUAUUCUGAUAAGCAGAUUUCAAACACAAAAUUGAAAUCUAAAAUUUGUAUAGAAUUGAAAUAUUCACUUCUGUUUCUCUAUAAUACUGCAGUCAUUAAAAGCUAUA